AUGACCAGGGCCACUGGCCCUCUGAAAACGGAAAAGAACAGCAAGUGCAAGAACAGGCAUUCCGUCCGUCCUGCCUUGCAGAUUAUACCAGCUGUCAAGCCAGAGUGAAGGAUCAGGCAGAGGUCUGGGAGUGGCGGAGCCAGCCUUGCAGUGGAGCUUGAGAUGUGAGUUCCAAUGAAUCGGCUCAUGAAGGGGAAACUCGCUGGCCCACCCUGAGACAAGAAUGGCACCACCCUCUGUGUGCAGCCUCCUUGUGAUCGGUGCACUGGGCGUCUUUGCACUUGACUGCUCCGCGAGAGCUCAGCAGAACAGCACGCUGAUUUUCACGAAGGAGAACACCACUCGGAAGUGCAGCUGCUCUGCGGACAUCCGCGACUGUGAUUACAGUUUGGCCAACCUGAUGUGCAGCUGUAAAACCGUCCUGCCUCUUGCAGUCGAGCAAAGCAGCUACAAUGACCAUCUGACCAUCUGGUUCACAGACACGUCUGCACUGGGACUCCUGUUGAACUUCACGCUGGUCCGGGACCUGAAGCUUUCUCUGUGCAGUACCAACAUUCUCCCCACUGAGUACCUGGCUAUUUGUGGUCUGAAGAGGCUUCGCAUUAGCACCGAGGCCAAGCAUCCCUCCCCAGAGCAGAGUUUACUCAUCCACGAUGGUGGGGAGAGAGAAUCCAGAGAGAAGCCCAUGUGGUUACACCAAGGCUGGCAAACCUGUAUGUAUAUCUCCUUCUUAGAUAUGGCACUUUUCAACAGGGAGUCAUCCUUAAAAUCAUAUAGUAUUGCAAACUCUGCCGUCAUGGCCAGCAACUUCCCCUCCUUUUCCUACUUUAAAACCUUCCCAAUUCUAAGCAACAAAAGCUAUGUUGUCACAUUCAUUUACUAACAUUGUAGCUGUGUCCAACCUUUGGGACCUUUGGCACAUUAUGGAUCAUUUCAACAAGGAAUCUGUGAACAAGGUCAUGGGUUUUCCUAUCCUCAACUUCACUUCACCCCCAGCCCCCAUUCUGCCGGCCCUCUCUGCUCUGCCCAUGCACAUCCAUGGGAAAACAAAAUAAAAAGAGCCAAAAAACCUACUUGAUUCAGUCCAGAAACGUGCCUUGAGGGCCAGCUAGAGGCUAGGUCCUUGCUACUGGGGGCAGGUGGAAAAAUGUCAGAUCAGAAAUGGAGAGACCAGUGCACCCCAGGGACUACUUAGUGGAGCUCAGCAGAGGGGAUGACCCCCAAGAAAGGCGUCUUCCUUCAAAACAUUGCCUUAAUUUUUUUUUUUUUUUUGCUUCAUUUUGUUAGAUAGGUUGGAAUUCCCCUAAGCAGAGAAUGAUAGACUUCAGCAUUUUGAGACUGUGAGCACCACAAAAUGAUUAGGUUCUCUUAGACUGGUAUUUUCCAAAUAUCUUGUUAAGAAUAUUCACAUUGAGAAAGGGGAGUCUUGUGAGUGUGCUUAGUGAAGGAGGUUUGAAGCUUGGAGGAUAGGGUGGGACCUUAGGACCAAAUGAGGGCACUAGGGUCCUGAGGAAGGGAUACAGAAAUAAAAAUUGGAAGUCACAAAAACCAAGUGCAUUGGGUUCUUUCCUUAGAGCAAGGCCUAAACCCAGGGAAAGUUUUCCUCUUCUAGCCCUUCAUGUCCUUCUCUUGUCUUGCCUCCUGUCUUCGGCCCCGCUGUACCACUUCCCCAUUUUUCCUCUCAUUGUCUUCAUCCCCCUCCUCCUCCUUCUCCUGCUGCAGAAAUCAGAACUUAGAUUAAUACCAGUAGAACUAUGUUUGACUACAUGAGGGACUAGCCUGGGAAUGUAAUAGUCCCUUAUAACAUUACUCCCAUGGGUAAAUAUGCCCAGAUUACUAAUAGAUAAUUAACGAAAGAACUUUUAGCACUCAGUCCAUUUGGAAGUUUAAGACUGGAAAGUCAAGACACUUUGUAUGAUGGGGUUAACACAAAAUGGUUUUAUGUGCAUUGAUACAAGGAACUAACACAACAUAUUUCUUUUUUAAUUAAAUUGGCUUGGGGAUUCCCUGGUGGUCCAGGUUAGGAUGCCGCGGUCUCACACCUGAGGGCCCGGGUUCAGUCCCUGGUUGGGGAAGUAGGAUCCUGCAAGCCAUGUGGCACAGCCAAAAAAAAAAUAAAUAAAUACAUUUUAAAAUUAAUUAGUUAAUUAAUUAAACUGACUCAUCAUUGUACGAAGAAAAUCUUCUCUCCCAGAGACCCAACUAACCAUUAAAGUGGAAUAUAAAGAAUCUAUGGCAAUUAUGGUAUAAAUGUCUAAAUUCAGAGUGCAAAAAAUUUGAAACAUUACUGAAUUUAUGAUAUCAUAAUAAGAAAUAGUUUUAUUAUGAAAUGACAGGCUGUCUUGGAAUUGACGACUUUAUAUCACAUUCAUCACAUUUUUCUCUUAACCUUAACACAGGGUAACUGAAAUAACCUGAAAUGUCUACAUUAGCUUAAUUGGUGGGGGAUUUGGCCAUUCGGGCUAAUUAGCAUGCAUCUAUAAUGUCAGUGUUUAAAUUAGGCCAAAACUAAGACCAAAAUAUGAAUUCUAAUAGAAAAAUGUAAUGACCUAAUUACUGACAUUGUAUUUGAGAAGUAAGAUUAAAGUGAUGGAAAAAGACAAAGAAGAAAAAAAGAGCGAGAAAGAAUGGCAAGAAGGAUACAAGUGAAAAGAUUAAUAAUAAAUAUAUUUACUGUCAUUAGUUACUGAAAAUGUAACAAAUUGAAUUUUAAUAGAUUUUUAUUAAUAUAGUAUAACAUUAACUGAUGUUAGACAUUAUGAGCAUCUUAAUGUGCAUAUCUUCCAUUUGGUGGCUUUUAAUAGUUUCAGAGCCAUUUCACAUGUGUUUUAAGUGAUUCUUAUAAGAAAUAAUUGUGGGUCAAUGGGACUUAAAUCAAUAGAGGAGGAAAGCUAAUUAACUUAUAAAUCAAGCCUGAGGUUGCCAGGUUUCUAGACUGAAAUGCAGUUCAGGUUGUGCUGACAGAGGACAAAUAAGCAUAUACAUGGGGAAACAUGGCAUUUGGUGCUCAAUCACAAGGUUGGGAGGACAACAGGGAGUGGUGGGGAUUGUGGCAAGCUGAGCACGCACAUCCAACUGAAGGGUCCACAGCAGUGCAAGCUGGCUGAGUGUCACUGCCAUGGGAGAACACAGCAGGGCCAGAUCUGAUCCUUCAAGGGAAUUAGGAACUCCAGGUGAUUUGUAAAUGUUGGCACAUUAUUCUGUUUUUUGUUUGUUGCUUUAAAUACCACUGUGUGGGUCAAACUAUGUCAGUGGUCCCCAUGGUGUCUGGGACUAGCCAUUUGUCACCUCUGAUCAGUGGUGUGCUAGUAAAAGUUUAACCACCAGCUCUCCCCCCAAAAGUCUGUGUGUAGAUAUAAAUGUGCGUAAGUUUAUUAUAAAUUUUAUUGAUAGAAAGGAUGUGCAGCACACAAUUUACAAAUGAUAAUAAAAUGUGUAAUGCUCUUUAUUAUAAACUCUGUACGCAAUUAACUCUCAAAGAAUGCUUUAGUUGAUUUUUGCCAAAAUCUUGUAUCCAAAGCCAACCUAGGGUGGCAAUUGAUGAGCAAGUAUAAUUCUGGCAUAAGUGUUCGUUGAUAUUUUCAUUUAUGUUAGGAGUAAGAGGAAAGUUAAACAAUAAAGAUGUA